AAAACAAAUAGUGUGUCCAGACGAAAUUUUUCCGAUAGUAUGGACCCAGCAAGAGUAAAACAGUUACUCUGUUCUUCAGGCUCUUCUACGUCGUAAAAAAGCCAAUCCUGAUACCUUUUAUUUUAAGUGUUUUAUGUGACUUCCGUUACCAUUUCAUAAUUCUUGUUAUGGGUAGUAUUGUCAUCAGUUGGGUGUAGAUGUAUGACUUUUGCCCACCAUUUUGGUGAAAUCAUUGCUGAAGCAGAUUGAUUCUGUCGCUAGGUUCAGUAUUUUCAUUUGAUACUUGCCCCGUUUAUGUACUGGUUCUUAGCUUCUUAAAUCUUUCCCUGCUCUUGCUAAUUGUACUCGGUACCGUAAGCUAAUGUAGUAUUGAAUAAUGUAAUAUUUACUUAUAGUAUAUCCCAGUAGAAACAAAUGAUAUGAGUACGCGAACAUCCGAAGUUUAGUUUACAAAAAUUUACAAAAUUCAAAUUGCAUUAAAUAUAUUGCUUACAAGGAAGUUACGAGAUUUAAGGGAAGACUUCGCAGAUUUAAUCAGUUGGUUAUGGAAAGAAAAUUAUCUGUUUGAUACAAAGUGGGCCUGUUAUGGACCCCAGCUAGUGAUUGGUUCUGUGUAAUGAAUUUUUAUUAGUCUUACCUGGUUGAUACAAAGUAUUAUGUACCCCAGGUGGUGACUGCUUCAGUGUCAUGAAUUUUUAUUCGUCUGUGGUUGCAAACAUUUUUAACCUUUUUACAGUUUUCGAAGUUUCUGCUUUGAAACUUACAAAAGGAGUGAAUUUUUUUCAUAUGAUGAUAACAUUACUUUUCUGUGUUAUUCAUCCAGAUGUUUGACAAAUCCACUAAAGGCGAAUAGAGAAUAAAAAUUUCAACAGUAUUUGCUGUAGAUGAAGAUCAUCCAACAUCUAUCACUAAAAUAGGAACUAAUUUGUAAACAGAAUUUAUUUGAAACAAUUUUCGAAUUCUCUCAGGACAAGAAAUUGGAAAGCAAGGAAAAUGAGCACACAUGUUACACACUGUAUUAGAAGACUUAGAUUUAUAUUGUAGUAGAGACUGCAUAGGUCAUAUAAGGUUGCAAGUGUCAAUACAAUUACAGUAUAUCGCUGAUACAAAUAUUUACUGUAUAAUAAUAAACUGACAUUAUGAAAGGAGGAAAGUUGCUACUCACCAUAUAUUGGAGAUGCUGAGUCGCGAUAGGCACAAUAAAAAGAUCGACACAAUAAAAGUUCUCGGCGUUUAAUAAUAAACUAGGCACUUUGUUUUUGUUCACUGACAUAUUGGAUCCUAAUUCUACAAGUAGCGUAAUAAUUUACAAUCACACCAUUUCCUUAGCUUUAUUUAAAAAUUCACCAGCUUCAUAAGAUCUCGGAGGUAACCAAAAUUCUUUGAUUUUCUAAAAGGUGUUAAUGAGGUAGGUCUCUAUUACAGUGAGGUAUGGUACUGAAGAUUUAAUUGUUUACAGUACAAAGCACUUGUAUAGAAUUACAGUGGAAUGAUACCAGUUCAGUGUUGCUUCUGGUAUUGUGCUUAGCCUGUGUGUAGAGCAUUUGUCAUUGUGUCCAUAGGGAUUAUGGGGUACAAUGUUCAUCUUGUUCAUGAACAUGAUGUAGAUGGACUGCUAAAACUGAGCAGUUGGUUUUGGAAUGUGGAAAGUAGCAGAUUUCCAACACAUACUGUCCUAUACUUUUAGUGGCAAGAAUCCCUAUUCUGCAAGAAAUUCAUGGUAAAAUACCACCUGAAAUUAUGAUGAGGUAGGAAAGAUUGUGGAGGAGGGGUGUGGGGGGGGGGGGGGGUUGAGAAGAGGGUCUGUACGCUUUGUCAUGAUUCUGUUAGAUUGGUUUUUGUUUCUUUGUUUGUUUGUUUGUUUGUGGGGGGGGGGGGGGGGGUGAGAAGAGGGUCUAUACACUUUGUCAUGAUUCUGUUAGAUUGGUUUUUGUUUCUUUGUGUGUGUGUGUGUGUGUGUGUGUGUGUGUGUGUGUGUGUGUGUGUGUGUUCACAGUUGCAAUGGAGAUGCCACAAGAAGUUUCUCGUGUUACAAAGAGACUUACUCACAAAAUUCUGGAAAGGAACAUUCCAAAAUGAUUCAAGAACUAUCGUACUUCCUUCAACAUGCAUCUUGUGUAAUAACCACAAUGGAAUUAGAGAAGUUAACAGUGUCGUCAUAGACAAGUGUGUCAACCAUAAAUGAAAGGUGGUCAUAGACUUCUCCGUGGGAUGACCAUUUGUUAUUAUUUCUCUUCUCCUUUCUGCAAGAAAACAACAGAUGGUUUAGAUCUCUGACAAACUCAUUGUAACUAUCACAAAAUGGCACUGCAUUGAUGUUGAUUUGAUACAGGUGGGACAUAAAACAUCCAUACCAUAGUUCUUCUCAUGCAAAUUGUGGUGACGUUCGUCAUAAAUUGUGAUCACUAAACCGGGUCUUGGUUGAGAUGGUUCUAGUAGUCAGGAAGCAAUCUUUCUGCAGACUGGGUGACAAAAUGAUUGAAGCAGAGUUGUCAAAAAACAAUUCAUUUUAUCAGCGUGUGUGUCACACAACUGAUACUUUCACUUCUUGCAUAAGGGUUUAUGAAGCUUUACUGCCAUAUUUUGAGGCUGGACCCGCAGGUGACAGUAUCAAUAAAAGAUUAUUCAAUAUUGGUGGCAUGCUGACUAUUCUCUACAGUGAACUUACUAUUCUCAAAAAUGAGAUUACAACUGCUACUGCUGCUGUUGAUGGUGGUGGUGGUGAUAACAAAGCAUCAAAUCCAAGUGUCGAGAGCAAAGCUGUUGCACAAGAUGUAAGUGAGCAUAACCAGCAAGAAAAUAUAACUUGUGAAGAAAGUACCAUAGAACAAAAGAUAUCUAAUGAGGAGAAAGUGCUUAACAAAUCACCAGAAAGGAAUUGGGAAGAUGUUACCCACAUCCCAGCAGAAGAGUACCAGAAAGAAAAAGUCAAUCAUGAAGACAAGAAGAUAGACAGAACAAUAUCACAUGAUGAAAAAGUACUUAUAAAACCAACUGAGAAUCUUAAAACACGAGAAAGUGAUUUUAGAUAUAUAUGUGGAAACUGUAAUGAGGCUAUAACUAUGUACAACCAGGACCUAGAUUUAUCUGUUGCAUUACAUAACCAGGAUGGGUGUUGCAGAGGGAAGCCAAGCAAACUGAUUACUGUGCAAAAAGAAAUACAGGAGAAAAAGGGACAGGUACAGAAUUUGACUAAAUCUCAGGAAGCUUCUAACAGAGUUAAUUUGACUCCUCCUCAGCUUGGUGAACAGUACAAAACUCGAGAAUUCAGUUGUAUACAGCCAUUAGAAAAAGGCUUCAUAUGCACGGUAUGUCAGAAAAAGUUGCCUAGUCCCAAAAAUUUUGCGGAACACGUGGCAGGAAGUUAUCAUAAGAACUUUUUAAGGGUACCUGGUAAGGAAGUACAGAAAAAUAUUGGUCAUACGCCAAGUGUUGCUAGUGCAUUGACCAGACUAUUUAAGACUUUUGAGAAUCAAUCUCCCACUUCUGCUGAGCAAAAAGAAAAUAUCCCUUCAGUAGAUGUCCAGCUUGCAAAAAUCAUUCAACAUCUUUCAGUCUCACUGUAUAGUCAAAUGCGGUAUUUAUCAGUGGGCAAAGGUGCUAUCGUGUGUAACUUGUGUGUUUGUCCAAUUCCACCAACUGUCGAAAAUGUGAGGGAUCAUGUAUUAGGUAGCAGACAUUCAAAGAAUGAAGUUGCACUGCAGGCACAAACUUAAGACUGCAUAUCAAAUAACAACUAAGUUACUGAUAAUGUGUUAAUGUUGCUGAUUUAGGCCAAACAUUUAUUUACUAUUGUAAAAUACCAUUCUAAGGAAAAUUUCAAAAUAAUAAUGUAGCACAUUAGAUCCUGACUAAUUAUGAUUUUUAUCAAGCAUUGAUGUAAAUAAAAAAAUGAGUGGUUUCAUUUGUUGUAGUUAUAUUACAGUUACUGCUUAAAAUGGAAGAUUAGGCACUAACUUGACUUUACAUUUAAAUGUUUGUACCUUGUAUGCAGGAAAGCAAGGAAAAGCGCAAGUUAGUGGUCAAAAUAAAUUGAUUUUCCGUGUCUUCUCUUGUGACUACUGUCACCUUCCCCGUAACAUGGCAAUGAUAACCUUCUUUAGUUUUCUAUUAUGAACCUGCUCAUAAGUAGUAGAUGUGUCAAUCCACUUUAGAUGUUUCAGAACAAAAUCAAAUGUUCAGGAUGCUGAUUUGAUAAACAGAUCCAUACAUAGUAAUGAUGCAAAACAUGCAAGGUAUUAGGGAAGAAAGGGGAGGGAUACUUAGAUCCUUGUGGAGUAUUGUUGCAGCUGCAUCAGGAGAAUUGUCAAAUAAAAUUCAUGGCCCAUGUUAUUCACAGUGAUUUUAAACAGUAUUAAUAUAAACACAGUUUUAUUUUGUCACUGUUACUACCUCCCAGUAAAAAAAAUCCUUUGAAUACAUGUACAAUAAGAAUUCUCAUUGGCAAUGAAGAAAUUCGCAUAUUGUUUUUGUUGAACCAUCUGCAUAAUUAUUCUGCAGGUUUUCAAAAUGAAAGAAAAUCUGGGGAAACUGUAGUAGUGAAGCAUUCAUUUUAUUUCAUUUGCUCAUUUAGCUUCGUACUCAAUAGAACUGCGGAUACGUUCUCAAAUUAUCAUAAAACAUGUUACUAUAUUACGUUUGUGAUAUUUAAACACAUGAAUAAAAUGAAUUGUGUGUAUAUGAUUUUAAUUUCAAAUUACUACACAUAGACACAUAAUGGGGAAGGUGGUGUCCAUUAUCUACUGUUGUGAAAUAUCUUAUUGUUCACCUGCAAUUAUUAUAGGAUAGUAAGGAAAAUCCUAUGUAGGAUGAAUGAAUGGGUGAGGUAACAGGCAGGAGUCCUGAAUAUAAAAUAAUAUUUUAAUAAGUUCAGAAACUGCACCAUCACAAUGAAAUGGGCUUAGGUACUCCUGCAAAGAAGGUGAGCCAUCAAGAAAAAGUUUUCAUCUGGGUUUCAAAUCAGUAUCAAACAAUUCUGCAUCCAUCGUCCUGUAAACUGCCAUCGCAUUUAUUAUUUGAUGAUGGACACUUACAAAUAACCUGACUGUAUGCUCAUUUCAGAAAAAAUUAGUUUGCCUUUUGCCUGAUGCACUUUGUUUUGAAGUAGAUUUUGAGUCAUUUCUGCGUAAUACAAUCAGUAAAAGUGUUUUUCUUAUUUUGAAGAGACAUUAUUAUUAAUCUUGAAGUGAAUAGUAAUAGUAUGAGAGAUUUGCUUGUAUGCAAGCAUAUCAGUGUAGUUUGUAGAUGCAAAAUCAUUUUCAAGAAUGCUUUUAUUGUAAUGUAGGGAGUUUGUGCCAUAAGGGUGUUACUACCUUUUGCAGAUGUCACAAGUAUUUUGAUCAAUAUUGUUCGAAAAGUGAUAGUGGAAUAAUUUAACACUAACACUUUUGAAAAACAAAUAUUAAGUGUACUGUUUGAGGCUUUCCUGGUGCUGCAUCUGCUUGAUAGGUUCCCGGGAAUUACGCUGGAUAAUAUUGUAGAAACCGCACAAUAUUUCAGCGAGACAACUGCCCGCCAUCUUCAGGUGCUACUGUUGUGACGCUGAAAGCUUGCCAAUUUAUAUGCUGGCUUUCUAGAACAGCGCAGGCGCCAGCGGGGCAUAAUGUCAUCGAAGACCAAUCAUAGACAGCGUUGAAUACCAGAGCCCUAUGCUGGAGAAACAGGUUGCGGUCUGCGGAAGUGGGCCGCGGCGUGGGAAAAUGCGGCCGGGAGCGACGGACCCCGUUCGCGCGUGCGCUGUUCUAGAAAGCCAGUAUAUAAAUUGGCAACCUUCGCAGCGAUGCGACAGUAGCACCUGAAGAUGGCGGGCAGUUGUCUCGCUGAAAUAUUGUGCUGUUUCUACAAUAUUAUCUGGCGUAAUUCCCGAGAACCUAUCAAGCAAGUAUUAAGUGAUUCUCUGCAUAAAUAUUAUCCUCUACUUAGGAAAUGGAAUAAUGUUGUAAUAAAUGUAGUUUUGGUGCAGUGGCACUAGUUAUGCAUUUUGAAGGAGAGUGUAUCUAACCAGUUUGCUAAAUCUGAGCUGGAAUUACUUUCCUUGGCAGCUCCUUCUAUCCUGUAUAUGAAAGUUUGUUUGGAAACUAGUAGCAUGAAAGUCUAAUGUAUUUACAUUUAUCAUGAAAAUAAAAUUUUUCAACUUCGAUCACAAUUAAUUUAAAAGGCAAAUACAUCAAUUUUUGUUUAUUAAGUAUAAGUCAGUGUGAAAUUUAUUUUAUGGAUAAUUGGUUCACCUGUGGCUGUGCUCAGAAAUUGCACAAAUGAUCUAUGGAUUACUGAACUGACUUAGACUAAUUUACCUGCAAAAAGAAAAUUAGUGUGACAAAAAAUUCACAUCUGUUAUAUGACAUUAACAAAGAUUAUAAUGUUAGAUUACUUACUGUGGUUAGCCAUUUCAUUGUUAAAUGUCUGUAACAGUAAAAAUGAACACUAGAAGACAAAUGGAGAUUAAUAUGAAAUUGUUACCAGGAAAUGAUAUUAAAAAUGAUAACAGUGUGUAACACUUGGGAAACACAUUCCACAAAACUUGGAACCAAGGUGUAAAUUACGAAAUAGAUAUAUAAGAUGCUACAACAUAGAGUAAUCUAGAUAUAUUAUUGACACAAAGAAAAAUGCUGUCUGGAUUACUUGCGAUGCAACCUGCAGUUUCUGAUGUUUGUAAAGGUACUUACGCCUACUGUAAAAGUUAUACUCUCUCCAAAACGGUGUGGCAGAACCUAAAUUGUGGUUUACACUGAAGAUAAAAUGAAAUGGCAUCUUAAAAGAACUUUACAAACUGCUAUAAAAUGAACCAGUAUAUUGACAAGUAUUCCUGUACACUAACUAAAAAGAAAUGAGAGUUUGACCAACUCUCAAUUUUUUUCAUUAGGAAUUUGUAACUUAUUUCUUUCAUAGUCAGAAGCAUAGGCCAUAUGUUUCCUAAUGUAGUUAUAAUAUAGGUUUUAUUUGCAGGAAAAUUAAGAUGUUCCUGAAACAGUAAUGGUUGUAAACUGUAUUUGUGCCUCUAAUCUCAAAUGCUAUAUUUGACAAACUCUGAAAAAUAAUUAUACAUUGACAGAAAUUGUAUUAUUUUCUGAGGACCUUGUUUUGAAUAAAAUUAUUUUAACUAUA